AUGGAGCCAGAAGCCUUAGAAAUUUGCCCCUACAACCCUCACCACCGAAUCCCACUUAGCAGAUUUCAGUACCACUUGGCUUCAUGCAGGAGAAAGAACCCCAAGAAAGCCAAAAAGAUGGCCAGCUGCAAAUACAAUGCCUGCCACGUGGUCCCCAUCAAGAAGCUGGAGGAGCACGAGGCUGCCUGUGUCAACAGAAGCAGGGCAGAGGAAGAAGACAGCCUGAGGCCUCUGAAAGUCAGCCUUCCAAGCUCAGAGCAGAACAGAAACGCCCCUGCAGUGUCCCCCUGGCUCCCCAACCCGGAUGGCUGGAAUGUCGAUAGCACAAACUGCCACCCCAUGUUUGUCCUUAAGACCUUUGUUCCCCAAAAUCUUGUCUGUGAAAGCGACACAAGAGAGUCAGAGAGAGACCACACCUGUCCCUGACCACCCCCCCAGAAGAUCAUCAGAUCAGGAGAGUAA